CUGGGCCUCGGAGGGGUUGGCAGCACUGGCCCUGCACGGCACGGCACGGCACGGCGGCUGUGCCCGUGACGCUGUGAGUGAGCCUGUGUCCCUUGUCCACCCCGACUCCCCUGGUUCUCUUGUAUCACUGCUGCCCCAAUUACCUGCGCCUGUGACCCGCCGAGGACCCGACCCGCGCCUCGAGGUGUGCUGGGGAGCGGCACAGACCCACAGCAGAACAGCCUGAGGCGAGUCUCAAGGUGUGCUGGCAGGAAGCUGCAGGGAAGGGCUGGUGCAUCCCGGGACAGCAGCCACUGUUUGUAGGGAUUACUGGGCUCCAGACCCAAGACAACACCAAGACCAGCAGACUUGACUUCCUGCAGCAAGUGUACCAGUAAGAGACUGCAUGUCUGGACAGCAGCAAGUCCAGCCCCCUGCUGCAGGGCAGCAGAUGGCUGCAGGGCAAAAGCAAGAACACUGUACUGACUCCCUGCAGCAGGUGUCCUGGCAAGAGGCUGGAGGACAGUUGCAAGACCAACUGAUAGACUCUCUGCUAAUGGUAUGCUGGCAAGAGGCUUCAGGGCUGGACGGCAGCACGAGUGGCCAGGACAAGCAGGAGCAGACUGCUGCAGGUAGUGGAAGGGACUGUGGUAAUCAAGAGCAUCUUGCUGCUGGCAACUCCAAUCACAAAGUAGAGGGCAGGUUUGUGUGUCCGGAAUGUGGAAAAGGCUUCAACUCAAAGGCUGGCCUCACCUAUCAUACCCGUACACACACUGGUGAAAGAAACUAUGAAUGUAAGGAAUGUGGGAAGAAAUUCAACCAGAAGGGUCAUCUCACUAGCCAUGCUUUUACACACAAUGGUGAAAGAAACUUUGAAUGUAUGGAAUGUGGAAAGAGAUUCUUUAGAAAGGACAAACUUGUCAGACACUCCAUCACACACAGUGACGUAAAAAACUUUGAGUGCCAUGAAUGUGGAAAAAAAUUCAAGCUGAAAAGUACCCUCACUGAACACAAACUUACUCACAGCAGUGUAAAAGACUUUGAAUGCCAAGAAUGUGGAAAGAAAUUUAGCCUGAAAAGUCAGCUCACCAAGCAUGCUCUAAGACACAGUGGUAUAAGAAACUAUGAGUGUAAAGAAUGUGGAAAAAAAUUCAUGAGGGAGAGUGACCUAACUAUCCACAACCUUACACACACUGGUGUAAAGGACCAUGAAUGUAAGGAGUGUGGGAAACAAUUCAGCCUUAAGAGUAACCUCACAAGGCAUGCGCUAACACACACUGGUGUAAAGGACCAUGAAUGUAGGGAAUGUGAUAAAAAAUUCAGCCUGAAGAGUCACCUCAAUGAACACAUCCUGACACACAUCGGUGUUAAAAACUAUGAAUGCAAAGAAUGUGGCAAAGCCUUCACUCAAAAGGGAAGCCUCACCAGGCACACUAUUGUACACACAGGCGUAAAAAACUAUGAAUGUAAGGAAUGCGGGAAAAAAUUCACUCAGAGCAGUUCCCUCUCCCAACACAAACUUUCACACUCUGGUGUAAGAAAUCAUGAGUGUGAACUGUGUGGGAAAAGAUUUGACACCAAAUCGCAUCUUAACGUACACAUCAUCAGGCACUCUGGCCUAAGAGAGUUCACUUGUGAUGUUUGUGAUAAGCCUUUCAAGACAAAGGCUGAUGUUGCCGGGCACAUGAGGACCCACUUCUGAUGUGUGUCCACCCACGAUAGUUAUACUGAACAGGCUAGAAGUAGUUUAGCCUAAAGUAGCAAGUCAAGUAAAGGAGAAGUACAAGUAAUCAUGUCAUAUUAUAAAGAAAAAAGGGAAGGAGAGAGGUUGCAAAGAAAUAAGAGCAGAUGUCAGUGAGGGAAUUUUUACAGCUUAAGCAGUUGUAUUUGACCAAUACUAGACGAGUCUCCUAACAACAGUGAACUAUUCACUCCUUUACAAGAGGAUGUGGGGCAAGAGAAUGGCAGUAUGUACUAGAGUUGUAUCGGAUGUCAGAUUUCAGAGAUCCGCAGAUGCGGAUGUCAAAUGUACAUAUUUUGCAGAUGUGGAUGCGGAUAUCAGUUUUUACCAAAUUGCGGAUGCGGAUAUUAAAUUAUGACAUCCUCAUGGAUGCAGAUGCGGAUGCAGAUGUGUUCAGGAUUUUGAUCAUUUACUAUCACCAAUAACCAAAGUCCUGAACACAUGGUAAUUUUUUUCUUAUAUACAGUAAACCCUCGGUAUAACGGACCCGCUUAUAAUGGAUUUCGGAUGUAACGGACAAGGUCAGAGGGCCAGAAAUCCACAGAGACCGACCGAGAAUAGGUUUUGAACCACCUGCUUCCAGUAACUGCAAUAGCUUCUGCUGGCCACCUGAGCCUCCUCCCUUUAUCUGCUGCCCCAUCCUUCGAUUACCAUAGUCUUUACAGCCCACCUGAUGAAAUAUUUUCCUCUUCGUGGUCUCCAUUCGAAUGAAGAACGUAUUUAUACCAUAAGAAAGUCUUAUGCAUCAAUCCAGGACGUAAAUGUAAUGGAAAAUAGCCAGGUGUUUGUGAGUAUCAGUACUGACACAAAUUAAGGCGGUCGAGUGGGGCUAAGCCCUCAGUUAGGUAGGUUGGGUUACGUUAAGUUUGGUUAGUAAAUUUAUUCGGCACGCGGUGUGGGGUGCGGAAAUACGCAACACGGGGCAGUGUGGGGUGUGGGGUGCGGAAAUACGCAACACGGGGCAGUGUGGGGUGUGGGGUGCGGAAAUACGCAACACAGGGCAGUGUGGGGUGUGGGGUGGCGGAAACACGAUGCAGAGGAUGGGACAUGGCGGCGGCGCGGGCUGUUGCGAGAAAUACCUCCUCGCAGAAAUAAGUCGCUCUGCUGUCCACCACACAUGCGCACAGGGGGAAUACACGGCAGGAAAAGCAUUAAUUUGCCUGGUUUUGUUCUAGUUUUUCCACCUGUGAUCUUUUUGAGCAGUGAGUGAAAUGUAGAAACUGUAAGCAAGUUGAAGAUCUCUCUCUGCGAGUUAUUUUGCGGCUGCAGCUGCGGGAUGUGGCGGGUGUAGCACAGGCAUUGAGAAGUCAAUCAUUUAAUGAUUUGUGACAAACAGGUAACAGAUUAUUUCAUAACACCGAAAACUAACAAAAAAAAAGUUUCGUCUGAAAGUGUGGGAUUGGCGCACUGCACGUCCCGGAUUUUCUGGGACAGUCCCGGAUUUUGAUGGUUCGUCCCGGAAAUAAAAUGUCCCGGAUUUCAUGCACUGUCCCGGAAUUUAUUUUUUUAUUUUUUUAUUAUUAUUAUUAUUAUUAUUAUUAAAGCGUCCCAGAUUUCACAUCAAGUACAACACCCCUGUCCCCUCCUUCACAGCUGUGGAGAGAUUGUUCAGCUUGGGCCCUGAUGUCCUCAGGCCCAAGAGGUCAUCCCUGACUCAUGAUAACUUUGAGAAGCUGGUGUUUGUCAAUGGAAACAUGCACCUCUUGAAGGGGAAGUGGCUGUGCCAGAGGGAGGAUUUUGUAUUUUGCUAUUUUAAAACAUCUUAUAUAUGAAAAUAUAUGUAAUAAAUAAAUAUAUAAAUUGUAAGGUAAUUUUAUCGGAAAUUAUGUUUUCAACUACCAAUAAAGGGUAGCGGACUAAAAAAUGGUUAGCGGACUCCUGCGGAUUUCAUUAGUGGACUUAAUAAAUUAUUAGUGUCAGCAUUAGCGGAUUUGCGAUAGCUGACUGGCGAAGCUGGAAAAUUUGCAGAUUAGCUAUUAGUGGAAUACUCAUCAAAGUUAGCGAAUUUGUGAAUUGCGGACUAACAAAAAAUUAGCGGGUGCCCACCUCUGUCAGCCACACACACAAUCUCUCUCUCUCUCUCUCUCUCUCUCUCUCUCUCUCUCUCUCUCUCUCUCUCUCUCUCUCUCUCUCUCUCUCUCUCUCUCUC